GUGUUGAUCCUCGAUAUUCACAAACUUCAGCUCCGCGCGCCCGCUCGUGCGUCAGUGCGCAGCCCCGCAGGAGACGUCAUGAGCGUCUUACUACCCAACAUGGCGGACUUUGAUACCAUUUAUGAGUUGGAAGACGAAGAGGAUGAGCACGUAGUGAGCGAGGAACACCUGCCCAGAUACUUCCCGGAGCCCGUGGUGAUGCGAGGGGCCGGACACAUCACCGUGUUUGGAUUGAGCAACAGAUUUGACACAGAAUUUCCCUCUGUUCUCACGGGAAAGGUAGCACCAGAGGAAUUCAAAACCAGCAUCAGCAGGGUGAAUGCCUGUUUGAAGAAGAACUUGCCUGUGAAUGUGAAGUGGCUUCUUUGCGGCUGCCUGUGCUGUUGUUGUACAGUAGGCUGCAGUCUAUGGCCCGUUAUCUGCCUCAACAAGAGAACGAGACGGUCUAUUCAUAAAUUGUUAGAGUGGGAGAAUAACCGAUUAUACCACAAGCUGGGGCUGCACUGGAAACUCAGUAAAAGAAAAUGUGAAAGCAGUAAUAUGAUGGAAUAUGUGAUUCUUAUAGAUUUCUUACCGAAAUAUCCUAUAUUCCGACCGGACUGAGGAGGCUGUCAGAAGACUGGAUGCGUGGCCCUUGAAUCUUAUCCUUAGUGCCUUGUAUAUACAGUAUGUUGGAAUAAGGGUCUGCACCGUUGUCUCUCGUGACAACCCUGUACAUCUCCCAGUACCUUGUACAUUAGAAUUUGCAACACUGUCACUUUGCUUUAGAGCAGAUUUUGCACAUUUUCCCGACAGAACUAGACAUGUCCCCUUUGUUGCACUCGGAUGUGUUUUUUUUUUUUUUUUUUUUUGUUACAUGUGACAAACAAGUGAAACUAUUGAAAAGUGCAUUUACCCCAAAGAACCAUCAACUUAUCCCAUAACAGUAAUCCCUUGCAAAGAAUGUGACGCCUCCACCUUCCUUAACUAUCCUUGCCUUAUGUAUGAUUUUUUUCUAGAAAUAACUCCACAUGUAUUGGAGGAGGAAGGCGCCGGGUAACUCAACAAGUCUGUAGAUUUAAAAGAGGCUUGUUGGGUUUGCUCUCUUAGAAUCCAGUUCUUUGCAAGUAGAUGGGAUGGUUGAAAUUGCCUAACGUACAGUGACGUCAUCUAACUGUUAUUUCUUUACAUUUGACCCUCUGUACAUGGGAACUAGCUAGUAGAAGAACAUGACCUGUAUAUACCAUGUUAGGAUAAGCUGUACAGUGGUUUAUCAUUGUUUACAUAAAGUUACUUAGCUCUAGUUUUUUUUGCCAAUAUAUUGAUGUACCAUAGUUUUGAUUAAUGAAAGAUGUCUAUGUACCUUUCUAGUUUGUAUGGACCUGUUUACCUUGUAAGCCAUAUAGUUACAAUGUACAUGAUGCCAGAGUUCAGACCGGUUAUUUGCACUUGAGCCCAGUAGAAAGUCAGGAUUUCAGACGAUAACGCGUCCUGAUGUUACAUCCACAGCAGUGCAUGUUACCAUGUGGUGUUUGCCAAUAAAGAUGCUAUUCAAUAGGUCGUCAUCCAUUUAACCUUAACUUAAAAAGGGUUGCAUCUCUGAUGUGCAGUUCAAAGAUAACGAUUUAUACUCUGCUCUUCCACUACCUAUUUACAAAUAAUAUCAUGUCAUCCCAGCUUUACAUUUUAUAGUUUUGUACUCUUACUUUCCUGUGCUGUUUGCUCCUCCUGGAGUGUGUGGAAGCCAAUGUCCACAGUGCGUGACGGGCUGAGCAGAUGGUUCUUUUGUCAGUGUUAGUAUUAUUUUCCUGAAUCUUAGUCAAGAGAUUGCAGCGUUGCAUUAGAGUGCCUCUGGAAUAGUCGGUGAACCACAGAGAAGACGGGUUGAAAUCUGUUCUCUUGUACAAAGGAGUAUUUUAAAUCCUCCUCCCAGUAUUGUCCUUACAAUUCCUGUAAAUGUUCGUCAUGGUGACCUGAUCCCAACGGAGAGAGAAAAUAAAUUGUUGAUUUUGAA